AUGGACGCUCAACGUUAUGACCUAUCCAAGCGUCGGGAACGCACCAUUACGAUUCAGACAAGUGCGACUACAGGCCAUGAAAACACCGUUCCACCGAUCCCUCGCGAGGAGGCUAAUCCCACCCCUUCCUCUGCCCCCGUCACAGCCGCACUCUCAUGGGUCGACCAGCUCUUCAGACGCUUAUCCUCACCCCUUUUGGUCACUGGCUCCUCCCCAUCCUCCUCUCCAGCCUCAUCCUGCUCCUCCUCCGCUAUCACCUCGCCCACACCACUUUCCCCCAACUCCUCCACGUCCUCCAUCCUCCUUGAUAGGGAAAAGAGAGGCUGCAUCGCCAGGCAUGAGAACGACACCAUCUACUGCACCGACGUGUUCGAGCGCGACGGGUACACUACCACCCGAACCAUUAUCCGCCCACACGUCCCCGUGUCAAUCUUUUCUCGGUCGUCGAGCCCAGUCAGCGUUCCCUCCCGCCCGUCCUCCCCUAUCAAGUUCUCCACUCUCAGUUGCAUCGGGAGCACCGACGCAUUCGAGGAGGAGGUCGAGCACCUCACUACCCUCCGCGAGAUGGAGUUGAAUGGCGAAAAUCCGGGAAUCAUAGUGCGGGUGCAGCAAGAGAGCCACGUUACUGUUGAGGAGAGGUGGAGGGGGGCAAUUCAGGACAUGAUUCAUCAGCGUCCUGUGUCUACGGUUAUUGGCGGGGCUGAAGCCAAUUACUGA